GUGAAGUUUAUAACUAAACAAAAUCAACGUGACAAUGUAACCUUUAUACUUGCUAGUCUUUAUUUUUCUAAAUUUUCUGAUUAUGCACGUGACGUAAUUAUUAAAUUGAUAACAAUGCGUUUAUCACAGUUUGUGUUGUCGAGGGCAAUGAUGGACCAAGCACGCCAUCUUCGUGAGAUCUUCCAGGCUGCACUGGGUUCAGUGCAAACUUCAAACCUCAUACAAACCAGCGUUAAACUAAAAACCAGUGAAGAAUCCGGUAAGCAAACCUUAACAAUCGUGGAUAGAAGCUUCGAGUUGAAGAAACCAGUCUAUAUUAUCGGUUUUGGUAAGGCUGUCUUUGCCAUGGCCUCGGAACUCUUGAAUGUCCUCGGUGAUAAAGUCGAACGUGGAAUACUGACAAUCCCCGCAGGUACGCACGAAGUCAGUAAGAUGGCGCUAGGGACUAAAAAAGAGCAAUUAUUCGCUGAAAAAUUCGAAGUCUUUGAAGGAGCGUAUCAUAAUCUACCCGAUGAAUACGCCAUGAAAGGAGCAAAGAAAAUAUAUGAUCUUGUUGAAAGCCUAGACUAUGAUGAUGUGCUUAUUGUCUUGAUAUCCGGUGGUGGAUCUGCCCUGUUACCAUUACCUAAAGAAGGUGUCACCCUUGAUGAAAAAAUACUUUUGACCAGGGAGUUGUUCAACAGAGGAGCUGGUAUCUUCGAGGUGAACUGUGUACGUAAAAAGUUAUCCAUAUUCAAAGGUGGCGGAUUGGCACGUAUUGCUUAUCCAGCUAAGGUUUACUCAUUGAUCCUCAGUGAUGUGGUUGGUGAUUCCUUGGAUAUUAUUGCAAGUGGACCAACUGCACCACAUGUAGCUUCUCAAUGCAUGAAUGUUUUAUCAGUUCUAAACAAAUACGAACUCUUGGAUGGUCUGUCUCGUAACCUGAAAACUGUUGUCUCUCAUGAGGAAACACAGGAAACAACAGCGUCGACUUUACGAGUGUUUCGUAAUGUUAAGAACUUUGUCAUUGGUAACAAUAGCUUGGCAUGUACUGCCGCUGCGCAGAAAGCUCAGAAACUUGGGUAUUACGCUGAUGUGGUCACAACGAGAAUUGAUGGUAAAGUUCCUGAUGUCGCUGAAUUCUAUCUGGAGAUUGUGAAAUACUUCAAAUAUAAAAGUCGGCCAAUUAUUGCUAUAAAUCAGUACCAGGAUUUGUUGGAUUCGAUGGUUAUGGUUGCAUUUGAAAAAAUGAAGUAUUCACGAGUGGGUGAUCCCUUGUGUUUGAUUUUUGGUGGUGAACCAACGAUUGUGGUUGGUGGUAAAAAGGGGAAAGGUGGGAGGAAUAUGCAUCUUGCUUUGGAGCUGGCGAUGAUUUUGGAGGGUGAUGAUAGUGAAGGGAUUUACUUUUUAAGUUGUGGAACUGAUGGUAUAGAUGGGCCGACGGAUAUGGCUGGGGCGAUUGCUCCCGUUGGACUAACACCUGAAGAGAAAGAACAAGCAAAGCCCUUUUUGGAAAAUUGUGAUACUUACAACUAUUUUAAGGAGAAGAAACCUGAUUAUUUGAUAAGAACAGGACAUACAGGCACGAAUGUCAUGGAUAUUCAUAUUUUAAUUAUAACAGGGAAAGCAAUUUAAAUUUAAAAUAUACUUAAACAUAAUUUUGAGGUUUAUAAUAACGAAAUUGGGACGUUUUUUGAUAAAAUAUACGAAAAAUCAUGUUUUUUA